UGAUACAACUUCGCUUUGUUCACUAUUAAUUUAGCAUUCUUUUGUCCGGUAAUAAAGUAAAUAAUGUAUAAAUAAACAUGAAGAUUGUUCAAUACCCUAUUCAGAAAAUUCAUAAUUUCAUUGAAGCUCAAUAAAAAAAAAUUUUAUACACAAAGAACACUGUUUUGUUUCAACCCAUUUUCAUACUGGAAAUUCUUAUUUAUUCUUUGGCUUUCUUUUUUUUAGUCUCCUCUCGACUAUCUCCACCCAAUGGUAAUGGGUAAACUCAGUAUUUUUGUUUAUGAUCAACAUUUGGACAGUUGAACGAAUCCAUUUGUCAACGUCACACAUUUCCAAUUUCCCAUUUUGGGAGUUUCCCGGCUGUCUCGAGCUGUUUUUUCGGGGAGUCAGUUGCGCCAUGUCCUGUCUAACGAGCAUUCUGCAGCUGCUGCAAGUGCUGACAACGCUCACGGGUUGCAACAUAUACAGAUAUGUCGAAGACAGGCAAGUUUUCAGGCUCAACCCGAAGAUUAAUUUUCUGGUGGGGGCCAUGCACAGAUUUUGGUUUCGACCCUGGCUGCUGAUGAUAUUUCUCAUGUACUCGAUUUGCUGGGUGAUGGAGUUCCUAAUGGGAGAGGCGGAUCUAACUCCCGGCAGCGAAAGACCCUUACACUUACUCUACUGGAUAGGAUUGACCAUCGGAUCGUGCCAGAACUUUAUCAUCAGCGUAGGAGUUGCCUAUCACUACAGGUAUCAUCGAAAGCUUAUGCGACAGGUUUUGAAUGGCUUCGUAAGGAUCUAUUUUGGUUACGAAAGAGUCUGUGGAAGGCCGCCGAGAAUAAACUGGUGGAUUUUCAUUAUACAAGCUUACAGAAUAUUUAUAGCUUCUUCAAUCCCUGUGAAAACCACUUCGGCUGUAGUUCUCGGUUUCGGAUCAAAGAUCGACGUUCAUCUGCGCCGAUUUGGAUUUAUGUUCAUAUGCGUUCAGCCAUUCCUAUUGUCAUUUGCAGUUCAUUUGGGCGUUUUGAUCCUAUACGCCUGCUAUGACAUUCAGGAGCAAUCCAAACAAAGUCGCAAAUCAUUUAGGCUUUAUGCUUUUUAUAAAGCCCUUAUCAAACUAAGGCUUAAGUUUGACCUCCUGAUUAGGCCCUUUGUGUGGACGGCUCUUUUGGAAGUCAUCAUACUCUUCAUUGGAUACUUUCAUUUGAUUCUGUACGAUCAGCAAUCGUUAAAGAGACUAGUAAUGACUUUGAUUCCCAGCCUUGCAUUCCCGCUUUCCUUUCUUCAUAUUACUGCGGGAAUUAGAGCCGCGGAGAAAGAGUUUGGAGAAUUUAAAGCUAACUUUGGGCCACAACGACAGACGCAAAUGCUUUGGCUUUACAAGCUUGUUAUUUCUGAGACAGCUGAUAGAAGUGAAAUAAAUGUCUUUCGCCUGGAUCGGGGAUUUAUUUUGGAAAUCCUGAGACUUGGUUGGGUAGUCGCAAUGUUUUCAAAUAGUUAGCUACUCAAUAGUAACGCCAGUUUAAAGCACUUUGAGAUUGUCAAUUAUAAAAAGUUUUUGUAA